AUGCAUUUGCAAGAGAUAUUAAGCUUUUAAAUGGAUGUGUAUAAGUGUAGAGAGAGAGAGAGAGAGAGAGAGAGGGUGAGGAGGUAGAGCAAGCAAAUGAGUGAGUGAGUGAGUGAGGAAGAGAGCGAGAGAGGCAGCGCACGAAUGCAACAGAGUAGCGGAGGAGAGAAAGAGAGAAAGGCAAGGCAUUACGGUCGCAUGCGAUAUGCCUGGACUGCUGCAGAGCCGCUGCUGGUUUCUUCCUUUUUUGUUCUUUCAUCUGCUUUUGGAUUCUUCAUCCCAUCUCAGUUCUGCUCAGAGGUGUAUAAAGUGACGCUUCUGUGAUUCUGAAACCUCUGCUGCCCACAAAAUUGAUCUACCUAAAGUUGACAGAGAGGAUAAAAGGAAGAAUCGUAUAAUCCGACCAAAAACAAGGAAGAUCAAAUGCAACAGAAAGGAUAAACAAAACACUGGAAAAACAAUGUCUUGCUAACUUCAGAAGGAAUCGUCACAGACUAAUAAAAAUUUGAAACAGCACAGCGCUGCAACAAAUCAGUAUUCUCAACCAGAACGUGCAAGCAAUGGCCAAGAGUGUUAACCCUUUACAUGGCUGAACGGUUUCUUUGAGCUGCCACACUCUGCAGAUAUAAUGCAGAGCAGUGAGCAAUGAACUAGUCAAUAUUCAUGGUUAAUUUCAGGAUAAUCUUUGAUAAAUGGAGAGCUGGUUACUUGGCAUUCAAUGCCUUUGACACUUUAACAGCUUUAAAUGUUGUAGCGUCUUUCACCGAUCAUGAAAUAUCAUUCAUAUCUUUUCAUUUACCUCACAGGAUUUCAUCCUAGCAUAAUAAAUGUACCGGCAAAGUGAGUCUUAUUUUAACGUUCUAGUCUGACUGCGACAGCUCGGAUGUUAACUUUGGAAAUCGAUUUCUUUUUGAUGCAAGGUUUAGGAAAGCUCCUUAGGGCCACCAGUCAUCAUUUUCCAUUUUCGUAAAUUUGUUCAAGUUAAGCUACCGACAUAAAGAUGGCCGCCGGAGUGGCAACAUGGCUGCCCUUUGCCAGGGCGGCUGCAGUCGGGUGGCUUCCCCUAGCUAAGAAAAGCAUGCCGAAGCCACCCGUGGACAAAAAGAGCCGCAACGAUGAGAUUCUGUUCGUAAACGUAAGCGGCCUUCGCUUCCAGACGUGGAAAAACACACUAGACCGCUAUCCCGACACUCUGCUCGGAAGUUCGGAAAAGGAAUUUUUCUUCAACGAGGACACUCAGGAAUAUUUCUUCGACAGGGACCCGGAGAUGUUUCGCCACAUUUUGAACUUUUACCGUACGGGGAAAUUGCAUUAUCCUCGGCAAGAGUGCAUUCAGGCCUUCGACGAGGAGCUGGCGUUUUACGGCAUCGUGCCGGAUAUUAUCGGAGACUGCUGCAUGGAAGAGUAUCGGGAUCGAAAGAAGGAAAACCAGGAACGUCUGGCAGAGGACACGGAGGCCGAAAUGGCGACGGACGCCCCUCUGCCACCUCACAGCACACGUCGAGAGCGUUUAUGGCGGGCAUUCGAGAACCCCCACACGAGCACCAUGGCUCUCGUUUUCUACUACGUCACGGGUUUCUUUAUAGCCGUGUCGGUCAUAGCGAACGUGGUGGAGACGGUUCCCUGCAGGCCUCUCAAAGGGAGCAAGAAAGACUUGCCGUGCGGCGAGAAGUACUCGCUGGCGUUCUUCUGCAUGGACACGGCUUGCGUGCUCAUUUUCACCUUCGAGUAUCUGAUGAGGCUUUUCGCCGCACCCAGUCGCUGCAAGUUCAUGCGCUCGGUCAUGAGCGUCAUCGAUGUCGUCGCCAUCAUGCCCUAUUAUAUCGGCCUGGUUAUGCCGGAGAACGAGGAUGUGAGCGGAGCUUUCGUCACGCUGAGGGUCUUCCGCGUCUUCCGAAUCUUCAAGUUCUCGCGUCACUCUCAGGGUUUGAGGAUCUUGGGUUACACUUUGAAGAGCUGUGCCUCCGAGCUCGGCUUCCUCCUGUUUUCUCUCACCAUGGCCAUCAUCAUAUUUGCGACGGUCAUGUUCUACGCUGAGAAAGGCACCAAGGGAACCAACUUCACCAGCAUCCCAGCCUCCUUCUGGUACACCAUUGUCACCAUGACAACGCUUGGGUAUGGAGACAUGGUUCCCAACACCAUCGCUGGAAAGAUCUUCGGCUCUAUCUGUUCUCUCAGCGGUGUGUUGGUGAUUGCUCUUCCCGUACCUGUGAUCGUGUCCAACUUCAGCCGGAUCUACCAUCAGAAUCAGAGGGCUGAUAAGAUGAGAGCGCAGCAGAAAGUGCGACUUGCCAGGAUUCGCUUGGCCAAGAAGGGAACCACUAAUGCCUUCCUGCAGUAUAAAGAAGAUGGAGGAUUUCAGGAUCGAGACAGUAAUGGCACUCUGUGUCUGAAGAACAGAUCCUCUUUUGAACAUCAACAUCAUCACCUGUUACACUGUCUGGAGAAGACAACAAAUCAUGACUUCACCGAUGAGCUUACAUACAGUGAGAUGUGUAUGACGGAGUCAGUCGGCUACCGUACCAGCCGUAGCACCUCUAUCUCCAGCCAACAGGGGAUGACGACGUCUUGCUGCCCCCGCAGGUCCAAGAGAAGAGCAAUCCGCCUGGCAAACUCCACCGUGUCUGUUAGCCGCGGCAGCGUGCAGGAGCUCGAUACGCUGCAUGUGCAAAAACACUCUCCUGAACCUCAGAGUCGCUCCAGUCUCAACGCUCGGACAGAAGACCUGAAGCUAAAUUGCGAUGACAGAGAUUUUACAGCGGCUAUAAUCAGUAUACCCACACCUCCCGCUAACACCCCGGACGAGAGCCUGCCGCCCUCCCCGGCCAUUCCCGGCAUCCUACGCAACUCGCGCGCUACUGCCUACACCCACGAGACUGUGAAGAUCUCCUCCUUAUAACCGCCACAAGCACACAAACUUCCCCCAUUGCACAAUGGAAACCAAGGGGGCGACGCUUCUCCCGGGAAAGAUCAUAAGACAGGACACAAAAAAGUGAUUGCUUCAUUCCAGACGGACGGUUCGGCGGUAGACGUGGACUCGCGGUCACAUUCGAGGGACAUUCGGUCAGGCAGACCGUCGAUGAACUGGAGUAGAUGAACUAAGACGUUUUCAGAUCUACACCGAUGGUGGCAUCGAAAGCCUUUCAUAAAUAUGCAAUGUUAAAACAAGCAGGAAAUAUGCCUAUAUGUCCACUGCGUAACACAGUUGCGGGGCGAGAUUACAAAGUAACGAUGAAACUGUAGAGGAGAAAUAUUGCGCUCUGCAAUCAAUCAGUUCACAGGAUUGACAAAAUUAUGAGCGAGAGCGAAGCCAGAUGGUGUAUAUGUAUCAAUAUUUGUAUCAUAUCUCUUUAGAGCACAUGCAUCUUCAAACCCCACCAAAAAAAAAAGAUAAAAGAACAGAAAUUCUGACAAAUGUUACCCAAACAUGCAUGUUGUUGUAUAUUAGAAAUCAUGGCAGAGAAUGAGGCCGCCAACAUGCUACUCACAUAGUUUUGCAUGUUACUUCUUUUACUUGUUUGGUUCGUCCUGUUUCGUUUUUUGACAUUGAUUAAAAAGAAAUAUUUACAGAGUAUUAAUGAUCAAACAUGUCGCACAUGAUGUGCACAUUAGAAAAGAUAGAUAACA